CUCUACAGUGAGAGGCAUGAAAGAUGAGUACGGAGAGGCCAAGCCAAAUUAAAAGAUGAGUGAGAAACUCAGGGUGAAUUUCUCUGUCUCUCCUCCACCACCCAACUCUAUCUUAAAGGGUCUAUAAAUAGGAGAGCCAAGCCCCGUUAAUUAUAAGCAAAAAUAUGGCAUCCUCGAGAACUUUUCUUCUGCUUGGGCUUAUGUUCGCUGUUGUCAUCCUCAUCUUCUCUGAUGUCUCAGCUCGUGAGCUAGCUGAAACUACUAAUCCACCUAGUCUUACUGGUGGAAAAGGAGGCGCAGUGUCAUGUAACCGUCCAGGCGAACUGUGCCAUGGCCGUGGACAAAAGGGCAACCCUGAACGAGAGCAUUGUAAACAUAAUCCAACUAGCAGACAGUGCCACAGGAAUGGAGGUCAUGAACGUGGAGGAGAGGAAGACCCUAUCCAUAAAAGGCAUGGUCAUGAACAUGGAGGAGUAGCGGUUGAACCCAUCCAUGGAGGGAAAGGCCACGGUCACGAACGUGGAGGAGAGGGUAACCCUAAACCUGGAGCACAUUGUAAACCUGGAGAAAACAAUAGAGCGUGCUACAGGCAUGGAGGUCAUGAACGUGGAGGAGAGCAAGACCCUAUCCAUAAAGGGCAUGGCCAUGAACAUGGAGGAGUAGUGGUUGAACCCAUCCAUCGAGGGAAAGGCCACGGUCACGAACGCGUAGGAGAGGGUGACCCCCGCAACAAAAGACCAGGACAACCAGGCACCACUGAGACCAAAACAAAGAAUUAGAUAAAACCUUGGCCCGUGUACGUGUGUGGAAAGUUUGUUUUUCAAUAAAAAGGUCCAUUGGUUGAGUAGUUGUAAACUCUCAAGCAAAAUCUGACCUACUAUGUAAUGUAAGGGUUAUCUUUGUACUGUUACGUAAGGUAGUCUUGGACCCUGUUUGUUAUAUGUACUUAAUGCAUGUAUUUUAAUUUUCUGAAUUGAUAUUGUGUGUGGAAAUUGUCUAGAA